CAUGCAACCAAAAUGGCGGAUGUAAACAAACUAAAGAUUUGAAAUUUACAGAUUUAUUUUUACAUUUCUUGUUGAUUAAUAAGCAUAUGUACAUAGGUAUUAUGUUCUGACUUAUCACACAUCUAAACUCUUUAAUUGUAUAACAUGCCUUUAGUUAAGAAAGGAAAAACUAAGAGUGAGAAGGCAUCUGGAGAUGUGACCCUAGAUGCAGCAGGUAACAUUCUGGACCCCACCUCAGUGUUGGAGGGGGGAGCAACAGAUACAAAGAAAAAACCAAAGAAAAAGAAGAAGAAAAUGACAAAAGGGGAAAAAGAAGCGGCAAGGUUAGAGAAAGCAGCUGAAGUGCUGAGGACAUCAGGUGACAAAUAUAUGCAGUUUGUUGACACCGUUGACCGCUGGGUGGUCAAAAAUGGUACCAAAGCAAUUCAACUUUUCCGCAGAUUUGAUUCUGAUGGAGAUGGAUUUCUCUCAUAUGAUGAGUUCAAGUCAGGCAUGUUUGACAUCAAUGCUCCACUGAAUGCUAUAGAGUUGCAUCUGCUGUGUAAGCUGUUGGAUAAGGACUCCAAUAAUGCUAUUAUGUUGAUUAUUUCAGGCAUGUUUGACAUCAAUGCUCCAUUGAAUGCUAUAGAGUUGCAUCUGCUGUGUAAGCUGUUGGAUAAGGACUCAAAUAAUGCUAUUGACUACAGAGAGUUCAAUGCUGGCCUCACCUUUGUCAGAGAAGGGGAUGAUAGUCAUUUUCCCAAUGGAAACAGAGAGGAUGGAUUCCUAGUCACAACACAACGUCAGUUCGAGCACUGUGUCUGCUGUAAGAUGGCGCUCUGGCAUCCUUAUAAAGACCCCUAUCCUAAGUACCUUGAUGUAAGUUUUAAACUAGCAACAUUUGAGAAUGCAAAGAGUCACCCAGGACACUUUAAGAGUAAAGUCUCACCUCAGUCACCGUGCAUGGACUGUUGGAGAUCAUCAGAGACAAUGUUCAAGUGGCUUCGUCAAAACUUGCCUUGUUUACGGAUAAAGAUCGUUCAGAGGAGGCUAUGCUCCCAGAACACAAAACACUGGAUGAUCUAGGUUUCCCAGGGGGCUCUAGGGAAAAGCCUUAUGAGACGACACUCUACUACGACUAUGUAGUUGAAUUUACAGACUGUCCUCUAUUAAUGUGUGAUCAUUUCCUGAGAUAGUAAUGGCUGUACCAGGGUUUACAAUUGAUUUUGCUGAAGCACUGUAGCUGUAAUGUGGAUCUGACUGGUUCUAAGCAGCCCCAUAAUAGUAAGAGAUACAUCACCCUACAUGUUCUAUAUUUUGUGCAGGUAGAGCUAAUGUAAAGAAACUGCAAAGUAAACCAAACCAACCAAUAUGCUGUACCUUCGGGAAAAGUGACAUCUUCUCAGAAUACAUGGGUCUAUUAAUAUAAAAUACCUCAAUUUUAUAAGAUUUUCAGAUCUCUCAGAUUGGGUAAUUAAUCUUAAGACUCAACAUUUAAUUGGUGAGGCAAAAUUAAACUAGUGAGGCAAAAUCGAAUUGGUGAGGCAAAAUUAAAUAAGUGAGGUAAGAUUAAAUAGGUGAGACAAAAUUAAAUGCUUGAGGCAAAAUUAAAUCAGUGAGGAAAAAUCGAAUAAAUGGAGCAAAAU